GGUUUACGAACUACGAUAGGCUUUUUACGCUUCUGCGUGGAUUUCCAACCAACAAAGACAGAAUAAGAACCAAAAGCAGACGCUAGGAUGUGAAUUUGUGAAGGUUCCAUGGAUAAACUCACAAGCGAAGCCGCUUUCGUUCAAUCCAUUCCAGCUUCUAAUUCAAAUCCUUCAAUCAUCGAGUUCCGUCAACCGCCCAUCGAUCCACGCCUUCCCUCUAUCACCCGCACCCAACCCAAAUCCAGCCAAAGGGUUGAAGGGGAACCCAAGGAUUGUAUUGCGGCGAGAAAACUUCUAAAGGCUGACCGUGAGAAACUAAGAAGGGAUCGUCUCAAUGAACACUUCCUUGAGUUGGGAAGUGCACUUGAUCCUGAUAGGCCUAAAAAUGACAAAGCAACCAUCCUUACUGAUACGAUUCAAUUGCUGAAGGACCUUGCAUCUCAGGCCACCAAGCUGAAAGCAGAGUAUGCUACACUGACCGAAGAAUCUCGGGAGUUGACCCAGGAGAAGAAUGAUCUCAAAGAAGAGAAGGCAUCUCUUAAAUCUUAUAUUGAUAAUCUUAAUGCUCAGUAUCAGCAGAGAGUCGGGACUAUGUAUCCGUGGGGCGCUUUAGAUCACUCGGUUGUCAUGGCCUCUCCUUAUCCAUAUCCAGUACCAAUGUCAAUGCCUCCUCCAGGAGCCAUUCCUAUGCAUCCAUUCCCUUUCUUUGGGAAUCAAAACACUGGGAUCAUUCAUAACCCUUGCUCCACUUUUGUCCCAUAUAUGACUCCUAAUACUAUGGUUGAACAGCAGUCAGCGCAGCCUGUUGCUCCAGCUGCACAACCAAGCAGCCAUUCCCAUGCUUCAGGCAAACAAGAUUCAAAAAACAAGUUCUCGGGGGAGAGCAAGACUGAAAAAACUAUCAAUUCAAAUGGCGUUGCUACUGAGCUAGAGUUAAAAACACCUGGUUCUACGGCAGAUGAGGAUUUAUCAUCGACAUCGGGGCAAAAAAAGAUAAAGAAAGACGAUGAUACUACAGAAGGCAGUUAUUCAAGUAGGUGCUCCUCAUCUUAUAGUGUACUAGAUAGCCCAUCAAAUAGUAUAGUGGGUGGAACAAAGGCUGAUGAUGUCGAUGGGUAAAACGAUCGACAAAUGCCCGAGUCAGGUUGUUUGCAACUUGUGCUCAUCAUGUUUUCCUUUUAUUCUAUGCUCUAGUAGUUCCUGAUUUCUCCUCCACGUUAGAAACUAAUUAUUUUCCCACGAAUUUAAUCACUGGAAAUUGCUGCUAUGAAGUAGUUCUAGGCUAGGUUUGUCAUGAAUUCUAUGGGUUAGAAUUUCAGUGGAACUAAUGAACGAUGUAGGAGCUGAUGGCUGUAUAAAGUUGAUUUUUUAUGUAACCCAUUCAUGUAAACUUUACACUUUAAACAGUCUUAGGGGCUGUUUGGUUCGGCA